AUGGUGACGAAGGAAUCCAUUGAAGUGAUUGCUCAGAGCAUCGGACUCUCUACUCUCUCACCGGAAGUCUCUGCCGCUCUUGCUCCCGAUGUCGAGUACCGCGUCCGAGAGGUCAUGCAGGAAGCUAUCAAGUGCAUGCGCCAUGCUCGCCGGACCACCUUGAUGGCGCACGAUGUCGAUUCUGCCCUUCAAUUCAGGAAUUUGGAGCCUACUUGUGGCUUCACCUCCUCUAAAAGUACGCGGUUCAAGAGGGCUCCUGAGCACAGAGAUCUCUACUUCCUAGAUGACAAAGAUGUCGAGCUCAAGAAUGUUCUCGAAGCUCCUCUACCAAAUGCUCCUCCUGAUGCUUCUAUUACCUCUCAAUGGUUGGCAAUUGAUGGUAUCCAACCUUGUAUUCCUCAAAAUUCUCCUCUCCAAGCCAUAUCUGACUUGAAACGAUUAGAGUAUAAGGAAGAUCCCCUUGCUGCUAGACAUGUGCUCUCCAAGGAGCUUCAGCUUUACUUUGACAAAGUCACUGAGUGGGCUUUGACUCUACCUGGUUCCACCCUCUUCAGACAAGCACUCGCCAGCUUGGAAACUGACCCCGGCCUCCACCCAUUGCUUCCUUUUUUCACUUGUUUCAUAGCUGAAGAGAUUGUGAGGAACAUGGAUAACUAUCCAAUCUUGUUGGCUUUGAUGCGUCUUGCUAGAAGCCUCCUUCAUAACCCUCAUGUACAUAUUGAACCAUAUCUGCAUCAAUUGAUGCCGUCUAUUAUCACUUGCCUCAUUGCCAAACGCUUAGGGAGAAGGUUUUCUGAUAAUCACUGGGACUUGAGAAACUUCACAGCCACUGCAGUUGGUUCAACAUGCAAAAGGUUUGGACACGUUUAUCACAACCUGCUACCACGUGUUACAAGAUCACUGCUUCAUACUUUUUUGGACCCAACCAAGACACUACCACAACACUAUGGCGCAAUUCAAGGGAUGGUAGCCCUUGGGCUUAAUGUGGUUCGCUUUCAUGUUCUCCCAAACCUAGAGCCGUAUUUGCAACUUCUUUUGCCUGAAAUGGUACCUGAGAAGCAAAAGGACGAAGCAAAGAGGCACGGAGCUUGGCUCGUUUAUGGAGCGUUGAUUGUUGCAGCUGGUCGAUGCUUGUAUGAACGGCUUAAAACAUCUCAGACACUGCUCUCUCCUCCAGCUCGCUCUGUCUGGAAGACAGAUGGAAAGCUCACCAAUCCCAGGCAGAGUAAACGCAAAGCAAGUAGUGACAACUUAACUCAUCAACCUCCACUGAAGAAGAUAGCAGCAGAGGGCACUAUGGUAAUGACGCAGAUGCACGGAGCCAUAGUACCAGCCCCUCAACAGUCGCUGGUCGGAAGGGACAUUGCGCCGAGGACUUCAGCUACUCUGACCACUGACGUCGACAACUUUCUCUUUCCGCUUUUCGAUUAUUUUGGUGAGAGCAUGCUUAUGUUCACACCCAAACAUGAGCUCAAUGUCUUCUUGUAA